UGUGUAUGGCAAUAGAGGCAUCCGAUUUGUUAUGGUCGCGGUGCCGAUUUCGGUCCGGUAGUGUGUAUUUUGUUAUGUGAUUUAAAAAAUGCACGUGUGUUGAUUGUUCAAAGUUUUAUGCUUUGAUAGUGAUCAUAAAGAAGUAAAACUUCAAUAUGAAUGAGCAAAAUAUUUUUGCCCCAUUAAAUAAACUUUUAUCUGAGUAUUCAUCGCUUUCGCGCAACUUCGCUCCGUUUCUGUCUGCUCAGUCACAGUCGUUUAAGAACAUUGAUGCAAUACUAAAUGCUCUCUCUGAAAUUCUCUGUACUGAGAGUUAUACUAUAAGAAUUGCCCAGUUGUUCAGCCCUUUGCUGUUAGAACUAUUGACACGUGCUAGUUGUUUUCCUGAUAAUGACUCAGUGGAUGGUUAUACUAAACAUGAACUCUUUUGCAUUGCUUUAUCAAAGCUUUUGUGGAAAUUUCCUGAAGUUGAAAGAUUUGCAAAGAAAUAUUUUGAAAACUCUCGGAAUUUGUUUUGGCGUUUUGAGAGAGAAGUUCAAGAGCCACCUGCUAAAAAGAUUAAAACUGAGGUGCCACAUAUUUCACAACUGUUGCAAGCAGCUUAUAUCUUUUUGAUAUUUGAAGAAAAGUAUUUCAAAGAUUCAUGGUCUUGGUCUGUUAUAGCACAUUUUUUAAACAGUGAGAAUGUUAGAUGCAGAUGGUAUGCCCAUCAAUGUUUACGACUAAUUGGAAAGAUGAGUGAUAAAGAUUUUAACAUCCUCUUGGAAAAUAAGUUUUCACCCAUGGAAAUAAUAGCUUAUUCUAAAGAAUUAAGUGAUUUGUCUAGUCUGUGGAGUCUUAAAGGUUUUUCUAAAGGUCCAUUACCAGUUUUAGGAGAUAGUAAUAAAUCUCUUAAAGAAUUCCUUUCGUCAGAUGUAGUCGAUAUGUUUGGCGUUCUUUUGCCAAAGUACCAAGAAGUUGAACUAACAGGGGAAAGAAUUGUUAUUGUCCCCAGUGUUCGUCAGACUCUGCAUUCCCUUGCUUUAGCAGUUGCUGCAUCAGAGCCUGUCUUGUUACAAGGCCCUGUUGGUUGUGGUAAAACUUUAGUUAUCGAUUAUUUAGCAAAGGAAACUGGACGCAUAAGAUUCGAAAAUUACUUUAAAGUGCAAUUAGGUGAUCAUAUGGAUAGUAAGACUCUGUUAGGUACACAUUGCUGCACUGAUGUGCCUGGUGAGUUUCUGUGGAAACCUGGCAUACUUGUCAAAGCUAUGAGUGAAGGUCAUUGGUUAUUGUUAGAAGAUGUUGAUAGUGCACCUAUGGAUGUUGUGUCUUUGUUGGUUCCUGUGUUGCAGUCUAGAUCCAUUUUAUUGCCAGGUCACGCUGCUCCUCUUCAGGCUGCUCCUGGUUUUCAACUCUUUGCAACUCAACGUCUUUUUCGUGGACAAGAAGGUUCAUAUUCAGAGUUCAGAAAUAAUGCUGCCCUUUUAAGUAAACAGUGGAGAAAGAUAAUUAUGGAUCCAUUAACUAAAACCGAAAUAGGAUCUGUUAUACUUUCAAAAUGGUCUAAGUAUGAGCCUAUAAUGGGGCGUAUACUCGAAGUAUAUUCAAUAUUUUCCUCAGAUGUGAAAGAAUCUUUUGAAGUAGAGCAUCAAGCACACAAUUUGCACCAUGGCAGACUAACAUCAAUGAGGGAUUUAUUUAAAUUUUGUGAUAGAAUUGCCAAAGAUUUUGAUGCAUCAAGUAAUGAAAUGGCUUUGAGGUGUUUUCAAGAUGCUUUGGAUUGCUUUUGUGAUAAUAUACCUAAUAUUGAAACAAAAAUUGAGCUUGCCAAAUCAGUUUCUGUGAAAUUUAACUUGCCCAAAGAAAAGGCAGGAUUUUUCUAUCAGUGCUAUAGACCAGCUUUAGAAAAUGGUGAUAAUGUAAUAAUUGGAAGAGCGAAAAUGCUAAAGAAAACGAAACAGAUUUCGUUUACAAGGAGUGUGAAAAGUACAUUUGCUAAUACUCGUCAAGCAUCAUGUUUGCUAGAAAAAGUUGCAGUCUCUAUUAUCAAUGAAGAACCUGUACUCUUAGUAGGGGAAACAGGAACAGGGAAAACUUCAGUUGUACAACAUUUAUCAGAAUCUAUAAAUCAAAAGUUGACUGUUAUUAACAUGAGUCAACAAAGUGAUUCCAUUGAUCUGCUUGGAGGAUAUAAACCCAUGGAUAUUAGUUUUGCCAUCCAGCCUAUCAAACAGGAGUUUGAAGAACUAUUUCAAUUUUGUAUGAAUAAGGAUCGUAAUGAUAAAUUUAUAAAACAUAUAUCAUCUCAGUACAACAGAAAAUCAUACAAGAUCUUACUUGAUCUCAUGUCACAUGCAAUGGAUCAAGUUAUAAAGUUCUUGCUUUCAAAAAAUACUGCAAAGCACUUAGAGCUGGUUGGACGUUGGAGAAAAUUUGGAGAAAAAGUUCAAUGCUUAAAAAAGCACAAGUUUGAUUCUACUGCUCCAAUUGCAUUUAAAUUUAUUGAAGGAGCUUUAGUUAAAGCCAUGAAAAAUGGAGAGUGGCUUUUACUUGAUGAAAUUAAUUUAGCAGAAGCAGAAACUCUUGAAUGUCUUUCUGGAGUAUUGGAAAAAGAUGACAAUACUUUGCUGUUAUUAGAUAAAGGUGACACUGAACCUAUAUAUCGACAUCCUGAUUUUCGUCUAUUUGCUUGUAUGAAUCCUGCCACUGAUAUUGGCAAGAAAGAAUUACCUGCUGGUAUUCGUAGUAGAUUUACUGAAUACUUUGUUGAUGAAUUAUCGGAAAAGAAUGAUCUCACAAUAUUAGUUGAAGAGUAUUUAAAAGGUUUGUCUUUGAAAGUGGAUACUAUUGAAAAUAUAGUUAAAUUUUAUUUGGAUAUUAAGAAAAUGGCUACCGAGAAAUUAAAUGAUGGAACUGGACAUCAUCCACAUUACAGUCUUCGAACUCUUUGCAGAGCAUUAAGUUAUGCAGCUAGCAAUCCUUGCCACAAUGUUCCUCGUUCUCUUUAUGAGGCUUUUUGCUUGAGUUUUUUAUCACAAUUGGAUAACCCUUCACAUAAGAUAGUGACUGACAUCAUUAAAGAGAAGAUUCUUGGUCAAAAACAACUAUCGAUUUUGCACCAAAGUAUACCAGAGCCUAAAGGAGGAAAUCAUGUCAAUGUGUCUGGGUAUUGGAUAAGGGCAGGGAAACAAGAAAUUGAAAAGCCCGAGGAUUAUAUUUUUACAGACACUGUGAAGAGAAAUUUACACGACUUAGCCCGAAUUGUUUCUGCCGGGACGUAUCCAGUUUUAUUGCAAGGAGAAACAUCAUCUGGAAAAACAAGUUUAAUACAAUAUCUAGCAAAAAUUACUGGUAAUCACUGUGUCCGAGUAAACAAUCAUGAACACACGGAUAUUCAAGAAUAUGUUGGAACCUAUGCUGCUGAUGUAACUGGGAAACUUGUUUUUAAAGAAGGUAUAUUGGUUGAAGCAAUGAGAAAAGGUAGUUGGAUUAUUUUAGAUGAACUUAAUCUCGCACCAACUGAAGUUAUGGAAGCUCUUAAUAGAGUGUUGGAUGAUAACCGUGAACUGUUCAUAGCUGAAACGCAAACUCUGGUCAAAGCACAUCGAGGUUUUAUGAUUUUUGCUACUCAAAAUCCAGCAGGCAUUUAUGGUGGGAGAAAAAUACUGUCAAGGGCAUUUAGAAAUCGUUUCAUUGAACUUCAUUUCAAUGAAAUCCCACCUCCUGAGCUGGAAACAAUCUUGGAGCAAAAGUGUCAAUUGCCACCAUCGUAUAGUAAACAAUUAGUUGCAGUUAUGCAAGAAUUACAAUUGAGAAGAAGAGAAAGUGGCGUGUUUGCUGGCAAACAGGGAUUUAUCACUUUGAGAGACCUUUUCCGUUGGGGUGAACGCUAUGUGCACGCUCCUGAUCCUCCAACAAAAUAUUAUGACUGGAACCAACACUUAUCUGAUGAAGGUUAUCUGCUUUUGGCUGGUCGAGUUCGUUUCAGAGAAGAAGUGGAUGUCAUCAAGACAGUAAUAGAAAAACAUUUUAAGCGAGAAAUUGUUCCAGAUAAUCUUUUCAAUUUAACAGAAGACACCUCCUUUGUUACAAAAAGUCUCUUGGAGAGAUUUCUGUCUGAAAAACUGCCUCCACCAUUCGAUCACAUUGUUUGGACUUAUGGCAUGCGUAGACUUGGAGUAUUGGUGGGAAAGGCAAUGCAGUUUGAAGAACCAGUUCUACUUGUUGGCAAUACUGGGUGUGGUAAAACUACAAUAUGUCAGAUUUAUGCAUUACUGAUCCAACAAGAAAUUAAUAUAGUAAACUGCCAUAUGCAUUCUGAAAGUGCAGAUUUUAUUGGUGGACUUCGACCUGUACGAAAUUCAAACAAAGAGGAUUCUAAGCUGUUUGAAUGGGUUGAUGGGCCAUUGAUAAAAGCAAUGAAAAACGGCCAUUUUUUUCUUGCUGAUGAAAUUUCAUUGGCUGAUGAUUCAGUGUUAGAAAGACUUAACAGCGUACUUGAAUCAGAACAGAAAAUACUUUUGUCCGAGAAAAGUUAUGAAGAUUGCAAGGAGUCAGAAAUUAAGGCUGUUUUUGGAUUUCAGUUUUUUGCCACUAUGAAUCCUGGAGGUGAUUAUGGCAAAAAGGAGCUGUCACCAGCACUUAGAAAUCGUUUUACAGAAAUAUGGUGUCCAAAUAGUGCUCAAGUUGAUUCAGAUGUUAUCGCUAUUAUAAACCAUUCAUUGAAGAAUUCUUAUAAGUACAAUCCUAAGCGCUUUAAUAUAGCAAAGGCUAUAGUUGAUUUCAUAAAUUUUUACCGUCAGACUGAUAUAGGUAGAAGAGUAUCUUUUACAUUGCGAGACAUAUUGACAUGGAUAGAAUUUAUUAAAUCAAGUUGCCAUGCUCUUACAUAUGAAGCUGCCUAUCUCAUGGGUGGUAUUCUGGUGUUUUUAGACAGUUUGGGAUCUGGUCCCUCAGCAAUGAGUGGAGAAAAUACCUGCCUCCUAGUAAAACAAGAGUGUCUUAAAUUUAUGGAAAAUCAAAUUGGUCGGCUAGAACGUGUCAACUAUUGGGAAUUAAUUAUGCCUGAUUAUUAUGAUGAGGAAUUUAGAAAAAUUCAAAUUGAAAUUUCUUCUAGUGAAACUCAAUCUUUAUUCGGAAUCGGGCCUUUCCAGAUUGAAAUGGGUCCGUAUCAAGAUCCAGAAUCAACUUUCACAUAUAACCUUGAUACUGCAACUCCUAAAAUAAAUGCAAUGCGAAUUUUGCGUGCAAUGCAGCUGACAAAGCCAAUUUUGUUGGAAGGAAAUCCUGGUGUUGGAAAAUCCAGUUUAGUUAGUGCUCUUGCGAAGGCUGCUGGUUACCAACUUGUCAGAAUAAAUUUAUCUGAACAAACGGAUAUCUCUGAUUUAUUUGGGGCUGAUUUACCUGUAGAGGGAGGAGCAGUUGGAGAGUUUGCUUGGCAUGAUGGUCCCUUGUUACAAGCUUUGCGGAAAGGGCAUUGGAUUCUUUUGGAUGAAAUGAAUCUUGCUUCUCAGUCUGUUCUUGAAGGUCUCAAUGCUUGUCUAGAUCACAGACGUGAAAUAUAUAUAUCUGAACUUGGAAUGACUUUCAGUCUAGAAAAUACAAAUACUAGAAUAUUUGGUUGCCAAAAUCCAUACAGACAAGGUGGAUCUCGUAAGGGUCUUCCUCGCUCUUUUUUAAAUCGAUUUACUCAAGUGUAUGUGGAGCCAAUGAACCCUAUAGAUAUGAGAAAUAUAACAGCAGCUGCAUAUCAGAAUAUACCAGAUGAUCUUAUAAAUCUCAUGAAUAGAUUUAAUCUAGAGAUGAAUCAGGAAGUUAGUGUUAACAAAAAGUUUGGCCAAAGAGGAUCACCUUGGGAAUUCAAUCUUCGUGAUUUACUUCGUUGGUGUGAAGUUAUGGAUCAGCAUCAAGUGGAAGAAUACAAUGUUGGAGAAUAUGUGAAAUUAAUUUACGCUGAUCGAAUGCGUUCUGAAGAUGACAAAAAUAAGGUUUAUGGUUUAUUUAUGACUGUUGCAUCCAAAUUUCCUGAUACUUCUGGGCAAUCUAUAGUGGAUAGCUUCUUUGAAUUGAAUGUUUUUGAAAAUAUUAUCCAACUUGGUCAUUCCACUAUAAAACGUAAAAGUAGAAGCUGGUCUGAUACAAACAUGAUAUGUGUUGCUAAUAAGCAGCUUCCCAUUUUGGAAUCUCUCAUGAAGUGUAUUGAAAUGAAUUGGAUGCCUAUUCUAGUUGGUUCAUCAGCUAGUGGUAAGUCCACUUUAGUACGAUUUCUUGCUGAUCUUUCUGGGAAUACCUUGCAUGUUUUAUCAGUAAACUCUGAAAUGGAUACAAUUGAGUUGCUGGGUGGUUUUGAACAGGUGGACAUCAAUCGCAAAAUAGAAUCCGUAGCUCAAGAUCUUGAUACAGUUGCUCAGGAAUCUUUUACGUUUUAUAUGCUCAGAGACGAUGGAGACAAAACAGAUAACUGCAUUAUGGUCAAGGAAAUUCUUACUCAUAUGUACUUCUUGUCCACAAUUGAAGGAAAUGCCAAUGACCAAACAUCUUAUAAAAGGAUUCUGACUGGUCUAGUAAAUGUUAUAGAUUUCUUCAAAAAAGUACCGUUAGAAGAAACAAAUCCAAUUUUGCGGAAGUGUAAAAAAACUGUGCAAAAGCUUCUUAAAAAAGUCGAUUCUGAAGAUGCGUUAUCAGGAGGGCAGUUUGAAUGGGUGGACAGUGUUUUAGUUCACGCUGUCUCCAAAGGCCAUUGGUUGCUGAUAGAUGAUGCCAAUUUCUGCAGCCCUUCUGUAUUGGAUCGGUUAAAUGGUUUGCUAGAACCAAAUGGAGUUCUGUCUCUUUCGGAGCAGGGAAGUCUGCAAGGAGAACUUCGUAUUAUCAAACCACAUCCUGAUUUCAGGAUAUUUUUGACUAUGAACCCACAAAAUGGUGAGAUCUCAAGAGCUAUGCGUAAUCGAGGAAUAGAAAUUUAUGUAGAACCAUUGUAUACCAAAACUUCUCAUGGCGAAAGUAUCAUGGAUGAUUGGAGAUUUAGACUUGAUAUUGCUGCCUUUUCUCAGUGUAAAAAUUUUUCCCAUUCAGGAGUGGUCUUUGCUUUGAUGCACCUUCAUAUGAUUUUAGAUAAAGAUAAAUCUUUAGGUGUCUCUGUAUCUGAUUUUUAUAAUGCUUCAUCUUUGUGUGCCCAACUAUUACUUAAAUAUGAUGAUCCUAGAGAGGCCAUCCUUAAAGUUUUUGAAUUUGUUUACUGUAAAAAUCUUUCUACCACUCAAAUGAAUACAAAAACUCUAGAACUAUGCAAAGAUGGUAUUAAAUCCUUGCGAGACAUAUUGCCAGAUCUACAAAUUCCUGUUAUUAAUCUGUUACCAACAUCAGUAGAUUACAGACAAAAUUGUGUGAUGGCAUGUUUUAAAAAACAGAUAUUUCCAUUCGUAUAUAUUCUUCAUGAGUUUCAGUUUCAUGUGGAUAAUGUAGGUGACAAUUCAUCCUCUGUAAAUCAGUUCGGAUCUGUGUAUCCAACCAUCCAAUAUGCUAACAGCACUAACACUGAACUGAAAUUUCAAACUAUUUUGUAUUUAUUGUUCCAAUCAUGCCCUGUUAGUUUACUCCAGUUUUUUAAAGCAUGGGUCUUUCAAACAAUUGAAUCCAAAAUGCAGCAAGAAUCCAAUGAUUCUAAAAUAAAGAUUAUAUUUGCCUCCUGUUUGAGAUUCCUUGAAAUCCUUAUGAUAGAAACUGAAAAACCUAUUGCCUUAAGGUUAAAGAAGCUGAUUGGAGAUAUGUUUAAUUAUGCAGCAUUUACUGACGUAAAAGAAAAGGAAUUACCUAUGGAUCCACGUUGGAAACCAUAUAUUUUUGGAAAGUUUCUCCGUCAUAUGAAACAACGUCCAAAUUAUGAUGAUAAUGAAUCCAUUCUUGAAGAAAAAAUAACGAGUUGUGCUAAUAAAUACCAUUUAUCUCUUCUUCUAAGACUUAUGCAAUUAAAGUUAGCUAAUUCAGACAAAGACCGUUCAACUUUGUUCAAGCUAUGCCAGACUGGAGAGAUUUCAAAUAUCAUUGAAGAUAAUAAAGCUUACAAGUUCAAUGUGAUUUCCAAAUUCCGAGACUGCCUUUUAACUAUUAUAAAUACUGUAACUAAAAUGGUUGAAGAUGAUCUUCCAGUCAUUUGUGAUGAAUCAUUCUGGAAACUGUAUGAAAUUAUACUCCUUCUCUCCUCUUGUCUGCAAAUUGGGGAAACUCCCCUUGAUAAAAAGUUUUUUCUUAGAAGUAUUGACUUUGAAAUGAAACGGCUCAUUCCAAAUUUUCAUUCUUUAAAGAAAAAAAUUCUUCGACUAUUUGAAAGUAAUGAUGGAUUUAAGUCAAACAAUAGGUUGCUUAACCAGUUUAACACCAUCAAUCGAGCCCUAAAUGCAUCAGACAAAGACAAUACUAUUUGUGUCAAAGUUGCUAAUAAAAUUGGUUUCCCAUUGAGCUUUAUCAGCGAAAAAGAAUUCAGACUUUGGACUUCCCUUCAGGAAAUAUUUUCUGCUAUAUACCUUGUAGACAGAAUUCAAGAUCCUAAUUUGUCCUUAAAAGAUCUUAAACUUAUAGUUACCAACCAAGAAAAUUGGGCUAUAUCUCUUGUAAAAGUUCUUCUUAGAAAUCCUGCUCAUCGAUACCAAAAAGAUGGAAUGCAAAAAAUUCUUAAAAUAUUGGAUCCUGAUUACUCAAAGGAAUUAAAUGUUGUUGAAGACAUCAAAUUGCAAUUACAUGAAGCUGGUCUUAUCAAUAUUGAUAAUGAUGACAUAAUGGAAAUAUGCCAGAAUGCUCCGGCUGUCCCUACUAUGUCAGAUAAAGAACUAGCUUAUAGAAUCCAACUCUAUCCUCUUUGGGAAUACCUAAUGAUUCUCUGUGAAGCUGAUAUUUUGUCUAACAGUAAUUUGUCAGUCCAAAAUUUCAUCGUGACAGCAGCUGUCCAGUUACUUGGAUUGAAUCCAAAGCGCUGUUUACAAAUAUUUCGUACAAUUCGAGGAAAUUUAGAGGAAAAAUAUGCUUUUGAUAUGAACCAGUUCCUGUAUUACACUAGACAUGGCUUUUCUUCAAAUGCUCUUGAGUGUUUGCAAUUUUCACACGAAGAAGCAUUUAACAAAAGCAAUAAAGAUGCAGAUCAUGUUUCUACCAACAAUAUCUGGAAUAAAAACUACUCUUGGGCUAAACAAGCUCCUUUACUGACUUACAUUUGCUCAUCUUUAUAUGCUAUUCCUACUGAUUCAGUCUCACUAAUGUGCCAUUCAUCCCUUGGUAACUCAAAACUUGUUGAUGUACAACUAGAAGUUACCAAAAGAGUACUAUGGGGCAAUUUUGACAAGUUAACUGAUACCAAACAAUCUUUCUUACUAACCAGUGCAAAUAUUGUAAUUACUUGGUUUAAUAAUCUGGUGAUGUAUAUUGCUAAAAUGGCAGACUUUGAGGAGGAAUUCGAUGCUACUUCGAAAAGUGAUGUUACAGCUAUGUUUGAAAAACUAGGUAUCACUUCCUUGUUUGUGACUGAGAAGGGAAAUAAUUUGGUUACACUUGCACUUGAUAGUGUAUUUAGCCUAAAAAAAUCCAUGAAAGUUUUUAAUGGUUCAAACUUGACACAAUUGGUUUCUACUUCCUAUGUAUUGGUUGGAAUGCUAACAUUAGCCCUUUUUACUCCUAAAAAUUCUGUUGAUCCAGUCCUGAAGCACAAACUGAAAUAUGACCAAGUUUAUAAUAGGACUAGAGAUCUUCAAUGUGAAAUAGUUUCUCUUGAAUGGAUUACAAAAGUAUCUUGUGGACAAGAUUUUUCUGAAAUAACUCAUGCUUAUGGUCAUCCUUAUAUUAAGGGUUUAAAGAAGACCUUUGGUUUUCUGCAGAGAAAAGUAGAUAUUUUGAACAAGAAAAUAAGAUUACGACACCAAAAAGACGAAUAUGAAGCCAUUAAAGAAGAAAUAGGUGAUUUUCUUUCUGUCGAGUCUUUUGACUCUCUAUUAUCUGCAGUUUCACAACUGAAUAAAUUUGAUAGCACUCUUUCCGACGAAAAGAAAUGUGAUGUUAUCAACUCUAUUCAGAGAAUUGAUAAUUAUAUAAAGAAUCAGCAAGAAAUAGUAUCACGCUUGUCAAAGAAGUAUCCCCUCUAUGAAGAUAUUACUGAACCAUUUUGCUUAGGAGUGGAACAAGUUAUGUAUGGACUGCAAAUGUUAAGUCAGCUUGUGUUACGAAAAGAGUAUUGUACAAAACUAAACCUUAAGUUCAAUAACCUGUCUGAGUUUUUGAAACAGUUUGUACCAUUCUUCAACCUUACCCUAAAUCCCAUUGAUAUCACUGCAGAGCUUCUUAAAGAAAAUAAUUUAGAUACUUUCACCAAUAUUUUGUCUCUUUGCAACUUACCAUUUGCAAUUAGCUCCAAACUGAUGCUUAAGCUCCUGAAAUCGGCUAUUCUUGAACUCAUGAAUUCUGCUAAGCUAGUCAAAAUUCAAAGUGAAGAGAAUUUGAGGAAGAUAGUUGAUUUACUUUUAGUAGCAUUCACCAAAAUUUGGAAAGUUUGGAAUCAUCAAGAUGUGCAAAAUAAAUUGAAAAAAGAAGAAGAUGAAAGCUUGUAUAUCAGUAAAACAACAACUUAUGAGAAUGAACCAUCUGAUGAAGAAAUACUUGAACAAAAUUUAAAGAAAUACUUUCCUUCUUUUGAGCAGGAUUAUGCAGGUUGUAUCAGUUCAGAUGAUUUUGAUAGUAGCCAUAUGAAGGAAAAUACAGAAAAAAUAUCUGAAGAUUUUCAACUGACUAUGGAGGAUAUGUAUGAAAUAUCACAAUUAUACUGCAGUGCUAUGUCCAUUUUAAUGCCUGUAAGUUUGAUUGAAGGACAAGCUAACUCCAUUAACAAAAACUUCGAAAAUUCUGAUUUCGUUAAUCCGCAGCUACUAAGACACGAAGUUCUGUACAAUAUAGUGAGGUGUUUGGGUGAUAAGAUAGAUUCUUCUUUGGAUUCUGAAUUGGCUCCUGGACUUUUGUUAAUGAGUCAUAAGCUUCAGAGCUCUUUGGUUUUUAAGGCCCAAACGUUUGAUGUUUAUCGAGACCCUAAUCCAGCUGAGGUUAUGAAUCUAUACCCCGUAUUCUCUCACUUGGAGGCUAGAUCUAAACAGUUAAUGAAAGAACAUGGGGAUAAUCCUCAUCUUGAUGAAAUUAUAAAAUUGGUGGAGCGCAUCCUAUCAUUCCCUAUAACAGACCCUGUGAUGAAAUUCGUCCUUGGAUUAGAAAUGCUAAUCGAACCAAUUCGCCUAUGGAACCAGUUUGUACCCUCGAAAUUUUCUUUACAUGAUGUAAAAGAGCAGAUUGUUAAAAAUAUUAUUCAUUAUAGAACCAUGGAAUUAAGUGGAUGGCGUGAAAGCUUAGAUUCUGUAUUGAGGAAACAAAAAGUAAAUUGCUCCAAAUGGUGGUUUCAUAUGUUUAACAUCUUACAAUCAUCCAAGAAUUCUGGAGAUAAUGAAAUUGAAACUGUAAUCAAUGUUUUGAAACAGUGUUUAGAAGAUGCUCCUCUAGGCCAAUUUCCUGAGAGACUUAAUAUCCUUCAUUCAUUUUUAUUGCAAAAAAGAUUGCAACACUCAUUUUUUAAGAAAAGUGAUAGAACUGAAGAAGUGUUAUUUAAUAUUUAUACAUUUUAUAAGCAAUUUCUGCCAGAAGUCAAUAAAAAAAUAUCUGAUAUUCGUUCUCCGAUAGAGAAAGAAAUCAAAGAAUUUGUGAAAAUAUCCCGCUGGGGUGAUGUCAAUGAGAUAGCUGUAAAACGAUCAUCUGAAAAAUCUCAUCGUUGUAUUGUGAAGCAUAUGAAACAGUUUGAGGAUGCUUUACAAACACCAGCUAAACGCUCCUUCACAUUGCCUUCAAAAUCAGUCUCGGAAUCUGCAGAUAAAUGGUCAUUGGAUAUUAAUGAGAAAGAUUUUAUUUCUGCAAGUGCAGGGAAGGAGAGCUUGGAAGUGUUUAAUAGUUACACAGAACCCAUAAUUAGAGAAAUGCCUCAUUACUACCAAAAAACUAAAAAACUGUCGAAAAAGCUUUCGAAAGAUCUAACUGUUUUGAGCCAUAUUAAUACUUUGAAUGAAUUUUGUGGAACUAUAGCUGAAACUAUGGAAGGUGUCGCUCUGGACAUGCAAAAGAAAAUUUGUACAAGAUCUCAAGAGAAGAAGCAAGCUCUGUUAAACAUUCAAAAGAAGAAGCAAUUGUUGUCUACAUUAUUUAAAAGCUUAAGAGUAAUUGGAUUGUCUUACCGGCGAGGUAUAACUUUUGAAAAUACAAGGAAUAAAAAUGAUACCAUUACAAUUCCUGCAUUUGACAUAGCUCAUAUGAAAAUGCUUAAAAUAGAUAAUGAAUUUUACAAAACUCUUAGAAAUGUUUCCCAGGAUGUCGAUCACUAUUUCUACAAAUGUGUAGCCCAACAUAGCCUUGUAAAAAUGUGCAUGCAAUCUCCAAACAAAAAUCUCACUCUUGAUAUAAUUCAUAGAAUUCAGGGAUAUGGAGGAGACUUAAUGAGUUAUGUCCUUUCACAGCGAACACAGCUAGUCAAAAUGUCAUCAGAUGUUGAUAAAAUAGGGCUAUUCUUGCAAACUGUAGAUUUUGUCAAAGAAGAUUCAUUGCUGGAAGAAAAUAAAAAACUUGUUCUUCUUCCGCCAGAAAAAGAUGCCUGCCAAUUAGAUAAUACUAUCUGUGAUUUACUGAAUAAGUAUCUAAGUGCAAUUAAAAGAUUUGGUGCUAUAAUGAACUGUGCUCCUGAAUCGUCAUCCGAUGUGCCAAUAAAAUGUCAAAUGGAUCCGUAUUCCAAACCUUCCUUAUUUUCUUCAUUUGAGAAGUCAGACCAGGGCUGGAAUUAUGUUAUGAAUAAUAUCAAUGAAUGCUUACAUUCCACUGAAGAACAGAUAAAUCAGCUUUCUACUAAGAAGAACAGGGCUGUUUUAUCAACAUGGAACCAGUCCUCAAUAAUUUUCGAAUUACUCAAAGUUUUAGACCGUUCUCUGAACAAUUUCAUAUCCAAAAUUAGCAGUGCCAAAUUUGAUUAUAACCAAACUUUCCUCAAAAGUUUUACAGAAUUACGUUCCAAGAUUGUUGAGGUUUACCAAAAAUGGAGUGCUGUCAAAGCCGAAUGUACAAUCAAAACUCCUUCGGAAUGUGAUACUGAUGAGCUAAAUUUGACUUCUGUUAUUCAAAAACUCGUGAAAGAAAUGCUAUUAGGGUAUCAGGACUUGAUUACAUUGUGUGCUGAAAAUGCGCAAGAUGACUCACCUGGUGAUGAUGUAGUUCCUGAAAAUCUGUUCUCUGUGAAAAUAUCUAAAUGUAUUUCUGAUGUUGAAGAGAGCCUUCGUGUUAAAAGUGUUCUGCAACUUAUGAGCAAAUUAAAGAAGAAGAUUCAACAUUCCCAAGAUUCUCCUGAUAAUCUCAAAAAAAUAAACAGAUGUGUAAAAUUAUUGAAAGAUUUAAGUCCAUUUAUAAAUCAAUACUUUCAACUAGUCAAGGUCUGUUUUGCCUGUGAAAUAGGAAUGCACAGAACAUCCUGUAAAUUAUUAUCCAUUUUGCUGUCUAUUUUUGAGAAUUUGGCUACUAAAGGGUUUUGCAUUCCUGAAGAUCUUGAAGAAGAGGCUGAAAAAUCAGGAGGAACUAAAUUUGAAGACAUUGAAAGUGGUGGCCUUGGGGAAGGUGAAGGAACUAAAGAUGUCAGUGAUAAAAUUGAAACAGAAGAUCAACUUGAAGAUGCCAUUAAAGAGGGCCAAGAGAAAGAAAAGAAAGAGGAUGAAUCUGAUAUCAAAGAAGAAGAUAAAGGAAUUGAAAUGUCUGAUGAUUUUGAAGGGAAAAGUUACGAUCCUGAAAAAGGCGAAGAACCUGAAAACAGUGAUGAUGAUGAUGAAGAUAACGAAGAACUAGAGAAAAAAAUGGGUGAUGUAAAUGAUGAUGAUGCUGAGAAAUUAGAUGAAAAAGUUUGGGGAAGUGAUUCUGAAGAAGAAAAUGAAGAGAUGGACGAUGAUGAAGAUACUGGGGGUAAGUCCCAAAACAAACAGUCAGAAUUAGCUGCUAAAGAUGGAAAAGACAGGGAAGAUGAUACAAGCAGUACUCAAGAUGAUAAGUCAAAGGAUCAGUUAGAAGACAUGGGAAAUGAAGAUGAAUACCAAGGAGAAGUUCCUGAUCCACUUAUUGAUGCUCCCCCUGACAAAGAACCUGAAUAUGUUGAAAUACCUGAUGAUUUAGAAAUUAAAGAUGACGAUGAUGUUAAAGAUGUUUCUGCUUCGAAUGAUGAAGAGGAUAUGAUGGAGGAAGAUAUGAGCGAAUCUCAUGAUGAAACUAAAUCUGAUGGUGAACAAGAUGCUUCAGAAAAUGAAGAAGCUGAAAUGAGUCAAAACCAAGAUGAAGCUGAAGAUGAAUCUAAGAAUGAUGAGGAAAAAAAUCACUCAGCCGAACCUUAUGAAGGAGAAGAUGAGGCUGAUGAUGAUGAAACAACUAAAGAUGAUGCUAGACUUCCCUCAUACCCACCUACAGCAGAAACUGAAAUUCAGCCAUCCCUUGAUCAGAAUAAGAAUUCUGCUGACCCUGUACAAACAAGUGAAAUGGACUGGGAAAGUGGAUCCAAGCAAACUGAUGAGCAGCAUCAAGAAGGUGAUGCUGAAUCUAAAAAUGCUGCUGAACAAGGUGCUUCUCAUGAAGGUAAGAAGUCAUCAAGUAUUAAGCAGAAAGGUGGUGAUGACCUCCAACCCAAACAAAAACCUAAGUCUUCAGAUGAUAGAACUGUGGAUGAAAAUGCUGAAGAAGAAAAUAUCAAACGUCGUCCUAUUGUCGAUAAACAGAGCCAACAGAUAUCUGAGGGUGAUCAAGGCGAAGAAAGUGACGAAGCUGGUGCUUAUGAGCACAUCUCAAAAGAAGAGGAUGAAGGCACAACACAAGCAGUGGAUUUGGCUACCAAAGAACAAGCUGCCAUAAAAGCAGUGAAUGUAGAAUAUGAUGAUGAGUCUGAGAGUGAACAAGAAGUAAUUGAGCUAUCAAGUAGUGAUGAUGAAGAGGUGCCUGUCAAGCCUAAAGGAGAGUCUUUUAAACGCAGUCAACAGCAACAACAACCUGGAGAACGAGGUGAUGCGUAUGAAGAUGAGCAAAUGGAUACUCUAGAAGGAGACGUUGUACAGACUCUUGGUGUGCCUCGCGGUUUAGAAUCCAGUAUUUAUACACAAUAUGAGUUGUGGUCAUCCUUAUCUCAGAAACACAUUUUAGAGAAGCGAUCUAUAUUAGAAAAGGACUUAGAUUUAUUUGCAAGUUCUAGCAUUGAAAAUAACGACAGAAAUGCAAUAAAUCAGUGGCGAAAAUAUGAAGAAAUUGUGUGCAAUUUAUCUCAAGAGUUGUGUGAGCAACUAAGGCUCGUUCUUGAACCCACUAAAAUGUCAAAGCUAAAAGGAGAUUAUAGGACUGGGAAGCGUUUGAACAUGCGUAAAAUCAUUCCAUACAUAGCUAGUCAAUUUAGAAAGGAUAAAAUAUGGUUGCGAAGAACUAAACCCAGCAAAAGACAAUACCAAAUCAUGUUAGCUGUCGAUGAUUCGUCUAGUAUGGCUGAUAAUCAUUCAAAGCAACUAACAUUUGAAACAUUGUCUGCUCUUGGACAGUCCCUGAGCCUUUUAGAAGCUGGCGAGCUUGGCGUUGUGAGCUUUGGUGAAAAAGUGGAGCUUUUAUUAGGAUUCCAUGAAACUUUUGACACAGAUACAGGUGCCAAAUUAUUCCAAAAGUUUUCCUUUUCUCAGAAAAAAACCAACAUACCACAACUUCUACAACAGGUGACAUCAGCAAUGCUACAAGCCAGGCAUACUGGCGCUGAUAUUCCCAAAGAAACUGCUCAACUCUUAGUAAUACUCUCUGAUGGGAGAGGCAUUUUUAGUGCAGGUGAAAAUGAAGUACGUCAAGCAGUAAGAAGAGCUAGGAAUCAUAACAUUUUUAUGGUGUUUGUGAUCAUUGAUAGCCCUUUGAAUAAGGAUUCCAUACUUGACAUCAAAUCGACUAGUUUUGGAAAGGACGGGGUGGAAUUCAAACCCUAUAUUGAGACUUUCCCAUUUCCAUUUUAUAUCAUUCUCAGAGAGAUCGCAUCAUUACCUGUUGUACUGGGAGAAGCUCUACGACAAUGGUUUGAACUUGUAACAUCAGCAGAGCGUUGAUUUUUCUUUUCUGCUAUUUUAAAUCAAUCAUUAUGGCUUAUUUCAUUUUUUGUGGGUUAAUGUGAUUUUAUUAUUCAUUUACAUAAGUUGUGUUCCUAUUUUGUAAAUUAUUCGUUUAAUAAAUCAUUUUGAGAAUGCCUUUGAAAUAUUUAAUUUAUUUGAAGUUGCUCAUAUACAAAAUCUGCUUAUAAAAUGUUAUUUGGAUUUUAUAAUGAAAUGUGUUUUUGAAACAGAAGGCUACAUUUCUUAAAAUUGCAUUACUAUUUUCUGAAUUGAUUGAAUGGUUAAAGGUUGAUCUGAUUGUAGAACUAAAAGUUUCCAUG